CAAUCAUCUCGCAAAUGAUGCCUUAAGCUUUUAACUCUGAAAAUGAAUCGCUGGUAUCGUGUGCAAUUUUUUAUAUCUUUCCUUUUUUGCAAUGUUUUAUCAAAAAUUCAUUUUGACCGAUAUCUCGUUUCGGAUUCACAUUUUCGUAGAAGAGAACUUGAAGACAUAACUAAAGACAAUGCUAUUACGAUUUAUAAGGACAUCAGUACGCUAAGUGAAUGUGCUUUAAGGUCUUUAUCAAACCGAGCUCCAGCUUUUUACUACAAUAAGAAUGAAAAACGAUGCAUACUGAUAAAGAAUUCGAACUUUCCACAUGGUGAAAACAUACCAGGAUAUAAUCGAUAUAUUUCAGAUGGUAAAGAAAGAAGUCCAAAACGAUGCUUUUACAAACUAUUGGAUAAAAGUGAGAGUUAUUUUACCGAGGCAAAGCGGAAGUGUGAAAUCCAAGGAGGAUAUGUUCUAAAAAUAAACUCGGAACAAGAAGCUGAAUUUGUGAAAGAAAUGUUUCAAGGUUUCACAAUUUUGGUCGGAGACGAGGUACAAAAUAUUACUUACCCUAUGGGUCAGCAGAGUGACCUACAGCAGUAUGACGGGGAUUACUAUGAGUCGGCCGUGGCCCCGUCCUCUCUCCACGAUAACUGUGUAAACCUCACCACAAACGGAAGGAUAAGUCAGCACUGCGGAGUACUUCCUUUUCAUGUUCUUUGUGAAUUCGACAAAUGCAUUUAUUAAUUCCGGAUGACAAACAUACAAGUGGAGGUGUACUAAUAUAUAUAUAUAACAAUAAUGUACAUGUAAGUGUAGAAAUUAAUGGAAAGGUAAAAAAACAAACACAAUGUCAAGAGAAGAACGUUUUUGUUCCAAGCAAAAAAAAAAAUAGACUUUUACGAAAAAUUGUUUAAAACAGCUUUUCACAUACCAUC